UAAUUAUUGGGUUAUGAUUGAAUGUAUUGAAUAUGUGAAUUAGUGUAUUACAAAUCACAUGGGCCUAUCUCACAAGAGUACGCUGCUCAGAAUGAUGCAUUGUGGUAAUAAACCUGUCCAGAUAUGAGUAUUUGAGGACUUGAGGUGGGGCUAUUAAGGCUACUAUUUCAUAUUGUCUUUAAAGGAAAAGUCCACCCCAACAAAAAGUUGGAUUUGAAUAAAAAGAGAAAAAUCCAUUAAUCCAACAAGCAUAACACUGAAAAAUUCAUCAAAAUCAGAUGUAAAGUAUGAAAGGGGGCUUCCAAAGUAGUUCUCACCCAUUUUGCCUAUUAGAAAAAUUCACCAUUUUUGAGCCCCCAUUAAGAGGAAGAGUAACUUCACACAGUUGCAUACAGUGGGUCACGGCAUUGAGGGGGCACCAGCAAAAAUUUUGAGUCGCUUAGUGAGUACAGGGCAAUUAAUACAAUUUAAAAGCAGCUUUUCUUUUCAUUUUAAAACUUCCUGCAAAUGAUAAAGGAGACAUUGCUCAAAAUUCUCGCUAUUAAAGCUUAUUCUUACAGGAACCUGUCAGAAGUUACCCCACCCUCUUUUGUAUAUGACUUAUGGUAUUCCCAUUAGGGCAAAAUUUGAUUAUUUUUUAUUUCUUUGUUUGAAUCAUGCAAUAUUUCAGUUUUCACAAAAUUUUACAAUAAGGAUUAACUUGACUGAACCAGAAAAUUUAUAAACUUUGAUAAUUCUACAAUUUCAGGGAGGAAUAAAACUUUGUUUCACAGGACAAGGAGGAAACAAUUGGAAUAUUUCAGAUACUGAAAUACAAAAGAAAUCGGUCAGGUAUGAUGGAUAGCUCUUGUCAACUUGAUGAUGACUGCCUUGCCAGGCUUGCAAAUAACAUUGGAGAAGAAGAAGCUGAGACACUUGGACGUAAACUCGGUUUCAAACAACCUGAAAUCAAUCGUUAUAUUGCCACCAACCUGCGGAGUAAUCAAGUAACUUGUGCAGGAACGAGGCAGAUGCUGUUUGAUUGGCGCCAAAAGGUAUCACAGUCAGACCAAGCUGAUUUAUUGAGGAAGUGCCUCUUGGCUGCCCAACUUGUUGCAUUAGCUGAAGAGUUCCUUGGAGAGAACACUCUUCUAAAAGAAAUGCCCUCAGACGAUGUUCAGAGACAUUCCAAUGAAGCGCUUGCAGCUGGGGAUGACCAGAUUGAUGGAGGAUUAUCUUUACUGCCUCAACCUGAAGUAAAGCUGGAUAGUAUCAAGAUGGAGGACCUGAAACUAAAACAUCCUGAUAGGACAGAAUGUGAUUUCCAUGACAAGAAAGCAAGGGAACAUGACAAUUUUCAUCUAGGUGGAGGCUCUUUUGGGAAUGUUUUCAAGGCUGUACAUAAUGUUCAUGGUGAAGUGGCUGUUAAACUUGCAAAACCUGGUAAAGAAGAUCAUGUAAAGAUGUACCAGAAAGAGGCAGGAAAGCAUGCCACUGCCCUUACUUGCAGAAUGAUCGUCACAAUCAAAGGCAUUGUGCAGUGCGAGGAUGAUGCCUGUCAAUGUGGCGUCAUGGGGUUUGUUUUAGAGUAUAUGGAAAAAGGAUCUCUUUGGACCUUCAGGAUUAAUGAAUGGAAAGAUGAUCCUCAACUUUGGCCACUAACCAAUAGGAUGGUCUAUCAGAUCUCCAGUGGAAUGCAUUUCCUUCACUCCAAGAACAUAAUUCACCGUGACCUCAAGCUGGAAAAUGUUCUCGUUGAUAAAGAUCUCAAUGUAAAGAUUGCCGAUCUUGGUCUUGCAACAGACCUGCAAAGUUCAACUGGUGAUAAAUGCUGGGGUACUGACAGUCACAAGCCUCCGGAAGCAUUCAGGACAGACAUACCCAACUCUGUCAAGAUUGUUACUCCAGAGUAUGAUGUAUACAGCUUUGGAAUGACUUUGUAUGAACUUCUUACAGGGAUUCACCCUUACUCUGAUAGAGGAUUUGAUAUGAUGAAGAUACUGAAAGUGGAAUCCAAACAAUCUCCCUGUCUGGAUCCUGUUCCUGAAAACACUCCUCAAGAUCUGAUAAGUAUAAUGGAAAGGUCUUGGAGCUAUGAACCAAAGGAUCGACCAAAUUUUAAAGAUAUUACAGAUAAGGUUGCACAUCUAGGUACUCGUCCAACCCAUGAAUCAUUAGGACAUUAUUUAGGAAAGCCACAGAACAUAACAGAACAGGAUAAAGCCCCAACCAGACCUCAGAGUAAAACCAGUACAAAAGCUCAACCUGUGACAGACAGUGAAUCUUUAAGACAAGGUAUCAGAGGAUUAUCCUUGAAUGACCAUCCCACCACUUUACCUAUCACUGAAAAAGUAAUGCAACAUCACAUUGAUGUUCAAGAAAGUGUGCCCACUAAUAAUGGUCCAGAAGCAUCUAGCACUAUGGAUCAGCCAGCCCUCCAGGAUGCUUCUAAGCCUUCAAGCUUUGGACAUUUGAAAAGUCAGGUAUCAGGCCAGCAGAAUGAGGGUAACUUCCGUUUAUCAAUGGAAUCUGGACAAUCAAUGAAUUUCACAGGUUUAGUUGGUGUUCCUACUGAUACAGCAAGUGGCCUUAGUGCAAAUCAAUCUUUACAGUCCAACAUGGAACAUGAAAGAGAGUCAAGUCCGUUGAACAGGGCCAAGCAUAGGCAUGGAAGUGGGAAACCAGUUCCUGCUGAGAGCUCACAUGGUGCCUCUGAAUAUGCAGUAGGACCCAUGGGAGGAGGACCUAUACACCAAGAAAGUCCCGCAGUGCCCCCAUUCCAAUUCGCACCUAUAGAGAGAGACCCAGUGAUCAUCUUCCAUUCGUCACAACCAAGCGAUCAGGGAUUUGAAAUUCAGCUGAAGGUGAAUCUGACUGUGCCAUUCCGGACUUCACUUGCAGCAAAAAUGGAUCAAGUCAUGAAGAGUCUUGAAAGGAGUAAGCAACGACACUAUUGGGACAGCAGUUCAUCCCUACCUUCUUUGUUUUCCUUGAUGGGUGAUAUCACUCUCCAUAGACUCGUUCUUCCUGCUACAACCGAUGAAGAUGAUUUUACACUUUACCUGCAUGUGUGCAGCAAUGACGAUCUUGAUAUGCUUCAUAGAAAAUCAAAAAAAUUACAUGAAAUCUUGUAUGGUUUCUUUGUGGAUGCUAAUCUCCAAGAAGCAUGCCAUCCUGUCAAACCAACUCUGAAAGUAGACCUAUUGGAGGAGCAGUACAAUAGAGCAAAGGAAUUCUUUCAAAAGAGAGAAAAGGAUACAAAGAGUAAGAAUUCAAAGCAUAGUGACAGUGAAUCAAGUACAACACAGUCAAAUAAAACCAAUCCAGAAGAUACCUUAGCUAGUAACAAACCAGGACCUACUUUCCCUCAGACAAGUUCCAGUGGAGCUGUGCAGAUUAAUACAGGAAAAUGUAUGAUUAAUAUGUCUUCUCUACCAAGCAAUAUGGUGAUUGGAGAUCAGCACAUAACCAAUAAUUACUAUGGUGGAUCUGAACAGACAAGUAGAGGAAAGGGAGGAGCAGCAGGCUACUCUAAAGGUCGCCAACCUAAAAAUAAGAAGAAAGAGAAGCUAUGUGAAUCCAAGGAAAAGGUUACUGAGCUUUUACUUCAAGAUACUGCUGACCUUGUCCCAGUCAAGCAUGUGAAAUCUAUUGGGCGUUAUUUAAGAUUGACAGAUGUGGAUGUUGGUAAUAUAGAGUAUGAACACAGACUUGAGAGGAGCAGUGAGAUUGUCUACCAAGUUUUACUUGAGUGGAAACGACAGAAUGGUUCUCAAGCUACCAAGGCAUCUCUAGCCAGUGCAUUAUGGAAAGCCAAAUGUUAUGAUGCUGCAAGCACUAUUCGCUGAUGGGAAGUUGUUUCAGAUGUGCCUCAACGUUGAAGGUUUUUGAUAGAACGCAUUACAUUUUCACUUCAAAUUCAGAAUUCAGAGUUGCCCAUUUUCAGCAGAAGAGUUUGAUUGAGAUCAACAUGAUUUUCAUUUUCUUGAAUAGCAUUAUGAAAGAUGUGUGAAAAGCAAUGAACCAUGACUCUUUAUGAAACUAUUUGCAAUAUAAAUGAUUAAUGAGUGUUAUGAAUGAAACGAUAAUACACGCACUCAAAGAGUGCUUGUCUAUGUUUGCUGGAUAAUGCAAGGAGCCAGUGUAUGAUGCAUUUCAAUGUUUUUUUUAGUACUCCAAGACCAAUGGCUUACAGGUAUUACACAUGCAAAUCAAAAUUGUGGCAUCUGAUUCUGUGAUUCUAGAGUGAGUGAGUUUCAAAUGAAUUACAGAAUUUAGCAGCUUUGCUAUUGCAAGCAUUAGCCUACAUUUAAAUAUUGCAUGAAGCUUUAUUAGACAGAGGAUAUUAAUGUCAUGAUCAUUGGGAGAUAUCGUACAUGAUCAUUAAAUGAAAUUACCAUUAUGCAUCAGGUAAUAAUAAAUUAUGAAUAUUUGUGAUAAUUGAUAAACCAACCUUUUGUUACAUCAGUCUGAUAAAUUGUUCUGUUCCAUUCACAUCCAGUACUAAAGAUUGAUGAAUUUUAAUUAUUGUAUCUAUGUAAAUACAUACAAGUAGCUAUAUGAUAAUUCCAAUAGGUUUCCUCAUAAGCUGCAACCAUUACGAAUUAGAGUAAUAUAUAUAACAUUAUUGUCAUAUCCAAUGGAGGUGAAGGCAAGACUUGGUGAUCAUGACUUCCGUCCAUCUGUCACAUAUGUUCACAUGCAAGACUCUUGUAACUAAAAUUGGGUCCAGGGGUCAUGCCAGGUAUUUUGAUGGGGGGGGGUGGAAGUAUGAUUUAUUUUUUCUCAAUUGAAUAUCAAGGGUGUUGUAAAGCUACACAAUAUAGGCUUGUGCCAUCACAUUGGGUUAUUGGGUCGGGCAAACAUGGAUACCCGAUCAUUAGAGAAAAGGGCCACCUGAAUUCCUAAAACAUUGGGUCCAAAUUACCUGACCAUUCAAGAAUUUUCCUAUAAUUUUCAUAAAAUAUCAGUAAAGUGGACCAGACGUAUCAGAGUGAUCUUUUCUCAAAUUGUCAGGUAAACUGGACCCAAUGUAAAUGUUUCUGGCUUUUUGGGAGUUCUUUUCUCGAAUGGGCAGGCUUUGCGAUUGCCCGACCAGACAUGGCAACCAGAUGUGAUGACACAAACCCACAAUACAGUGUGUCCCAGAAAAAAGGAUACUGUAAUUCAGUGUUAAUUUUUUUGUCAUCAUAAUCCUAAAUUUGCUUCAUGGGAUGUACAUCAAUAAAAAGAUAUACUUCCCCUCUUUCAUUUGAAGUCCAUUUCAACAUUAAUAAUGUAAUGGAUUGUUGAAAAACAAACAUUUCCAACCUACAGCAGACAAUGGGUUACUGGUGAAUGCCAGAUGAGUGUGAUUUUGAGGUUGGCUUGAAUGUUAUGUUUGAAUUCUUACUUGUAAAAGAAAUUGCUUGAAAUGAUUAUAUGAUGCAGGGCCCGCAGCCCAAUGUUAGGGGGGGUGAACCACAUAAAAAACUGCUACAUUCCGAGCCAAAAUGGCUUUCUCCUCUACACUUAAAAAGUGAUGUACCCCUUUUCUGCUUCACCUUGCCCCCUUCAAACAUGUUUUGCCGCCCCUGUGAAUUUUGAGAUAAAUUUAAUCAAAAUUGUCACCAUUGUAACAUUGAGUUCCCAUAACGUAGACUCCAACCCACAACAGCAUUCACCAUUAGCCUAUUUUCUGCUGCUUUGUUGGGAAAAUCAAAUGCCUGUUUUUCAACGAUUCAUCGAAUAGGUAAAAAUCAAGCUUGUUUCAUGCAAUUUAUUCUCGACCAUGCGUCAUUCAUAUUUGACUCAUAGGAUGUCAGAUGGAAGAAGAAAAGAUGGAUAUUAAGUUUGAAAUUUGUUUUUUGAAUAGAUAGCAGGUAAAGCUAGAACUCAAAAUCGCACCACUUUCCAUUGUUUUAACUCAGUCAUGUGUGCAGUUUACCUUGUAAAUACAUCACAAUUCGGCCUUAGCCGCAAUGAUGUCUUGAUGUUUAUUAAUAAACCAUUUAUCUAUUUUUCUAUAUAUGAACUUUGAGAUGACUCUCAAAUGAAAGAAGAGAGGCACAUCUUUCCAUUGAUAUACUUUACCUGAAGCAAAUUUAUGAUUACAAAGGCAAUAAAUUACACUGAAUUACAGGCUCUUUUUUUCUGGGAUGUACUGUAUAUUCGUCUCUCCUUUAUGUUCUUCUUCUCCCUUCCUAUUUCUUUUUCCCCCCUCCUGUGUCUAUUUCUUAAUCAGAGGGGACAGUUGCAUCUGUAACUUCAGUGCAAUCGGGAGUCCAAUUCUAUGUAGGUCUGACCCCUGUAUGUGGGACCUUCCUGAAGUUAUUUGUUUCAAUUUUCUAGUUCUUACUAAAGUUUGUAAUGCUGUCAUAUUAUUAUGACUUUGGCAGUUCGUGAAGUGAAUUAAAAUCAAUUGAGAAACAUGGGCAUCAGACAUACAAAAAGAACAUUUAUAUUAUGUGGGAUGGCCAAGUUAAAAUCCUCCUGCAAGACUCUUUUUAAACUUGUAUUUUUGUAUCUGUUUCUCUCAUGGUACAUAAUUGUUUUAUGAUACGUUGGUUCUACUUAUCCACUUAAAUUUGAGAUUUACCAGUAUAUUUUUUUGUAUUGAGACAAGAUUGUCCUUAUAGAAGAUUUUUUUCAGUUACACAGAAAGAUUUGUUUUGUACUCUUCUCCAUCGUCAUCAUCAUUAUCUACUUUUUCUUCUUUCUUUACCUACAUUUUCUUCCUUAUCCCCUCGUUAUUAUUCCACUCCCUUUUUGCUUACUCAUUUGAAUAAUUUAUAUAUGUUAUUGAAUUGUCAAUAAGCCAGUUCGUAGUUCAUUUCUGCGCAUGAUCAGAGGAAGGUCAUUUGUACUAAAAUGACAUGGUGGUUUAAAAUCUAAUGAGAUAAGCACCAACUUUGAUGUCUUGAUUAUUCAUAUAUUCUUUUGAAUUGUGCUUUUCAUUUACAUUCAACAAUGUGUCCACAACGACUGGUAUUU